AUGGCUUUACACAACUUCAGCUUAGCAAAAACAUGCGGAAUAAUGGGCUACGGUGCCUUUUUUUGGGGUUUAGGUGUAUGGUCAAUUCGUCAUGGUGGAACAUAUAUGUUUCAAACCAAUUUAAGUCGAAGUCUUACGAUGGCUGCUACAGUACCAAUGUCUUACGCGGUAAUACGUCUUACUGAAGCAGUAUUUUCUCUUAAUGCGCAAGAAACACUUGUCGCAAUGACAUUGGGUACUGGUUUUGCAAGUAUUCUUGAUGGCAUCGCUCAUACAUGGUUUCCAAGUGCUUAUGAAAAUCCAGAGUUACAGAAAAAAAAUCCACUGGCAGCAUGUACCAUUUCAAGAUAUGGAUCUGGCUGGUUACUCUUCUUUGUUGGUGCCGCUCUAACAAUGAUCGUAUUCAUGUAA